CUAAGAGCCUCAGCGAAGGGAUCGCCACCGCGUUCAACGCGACGCUGCUGCCACAGAUCGCCGCGCACCGCGAGGCCUUCAGCGGCAAAGCCAAGGGCGGCAAGCCAGUGAAGGGGCAGGCUUUGAGUGACUCUGACAAGGGGCGGCCGGGCAGCUUCGACCCCCUAGCGACGCUUGCCGAUGGCGCCGACUGCGAGAAGGAGGCGCAGAGCAACAAGAUUGGCC